UAAGGCUUGGCACCUGUCUUUCAGAUUCAGAAAGUUAAGAUUCAGCUAAUUUCUCUUAACUAGAUAGCUAGUUACCUGUUGUGACAGGGAAACACAUCGAGUGCCAAGCAGCCUUUUACUAGGAGGUGCAGCAAGGCUAUUGUGAAGAUUCGAUGCUCAGAUAGCCACGAGCCAUAGCUGCACUCAGAGGAUGCUGAGAGCCAGUCUGUGAUGGACAUACUGUAGCUCAGUAACACGUGACGCUCCUCAGCACCAGCUAGAACCCAGCAGAGGUCCAACGUGGGGGACUGGACUCCGGAAGACUGACCCUGGCCCCUUGGCCAUGACAGAUCCCAUCAUGGACUUCUUUGACGACCCCAACCUGUUUGUGGGAGGGCUGGAUGGGUUGGCUGAGGAGGGCUUCCCCCCUGGACCCUCGCUGGUGGAUGAGCUCAACCUCAGCGCAGGCUUUGAGCCCCUACAGGUGGAGCCGAUGGGGGCAGGGAAACACCCCGGGAUGAUCCCCACCUCCGUGCCCUCCUCCACCCAACAGAGCAUGACUUAUGGACAGCAGAUGGGGCAUUUUCCGGGCAUGAAGGCUCAGAACUCCAUGGGACAGCCCUUCGCUGGCUCUGAGGGUGUGGGUGGUGGAGGGAUGAUAGCAGCACAGCAUACCCAGUUCCAUGGACGCUCAAUUGGUCAGGCACCCCAAUCCAACGCGUUGUUUUCCAACAGCAGCCCCAUGUGGGGCAACCAGGACCAGAACGGGAACCUCUACCACUCAGUGCCCCAGCAACAACAACAACUACAUCAACAACAGCAGCAGCAACUCCACAACCAACAGCAUCACCUCCGACAGCAACAGCCACAGCAGCAGCACCACCCUUGUCAACAACAACUUCAGCAGCAGCAACACCAGCUUCUGAACCAGCGGCAGCAGCAGCACCUUCAUCAACAGGUAGUGAACCCUCAGUCUCUGCCCCAGCAACACCACAGCUUCCCCUUCCACCAGGCCAACCAACAGCCAGCUCCCCACAACCAGCAGCUUACCACUGGGGGGACCCAGUUCCACUCCAGGGCUGUGCCUAACUCAGGGGCUCUGGCCAAAGCUAAUGUGGAAACGCCCAAUGCCUCGCUGGCUGGAACCCCACCACAGCAUGGUGGCUACCAGCUGGUGCAGGGGACUCAGGGGGCCUUUCCUGGGGUAGGGCCAGAGGGCUCUAGCAUGUCCUUCUCCAUGCAGACCUGCUCCCCCAUGGCUCACACCCUGUCCUCCUGCUCAGUGAGCUCCACCACCGCCUACCCUCCCUCCCAGUACUCCUUCCCUGGCCAGGGACAGCCUGGCACCUCCAGCCUGAGCCAGCCUCUCUCUUUAGCCCCAGUGUCCAUGAUCACCACCACCACUCCCCUGCCCUCCUCAGUGCCUGAACUCUCUCUUGUGGGAGCUGGAUGUGCGUUUUCGUCUGCUCCAGGGAUGACUCAGCAUCAUCAGCCCAAGCAGGUCCCAGUCAGCCAGGCUGAGGACGAAUGUCCCUUCCGGGCUCUGCGCUGCUCCAGGCAGACCUUAGGGAACUACGACUCAUCUGAGAUGUUUGGCCAGGCCAUGAGCUGCUACCCCAGUGCAGUCAGCCAGCUCGUUCCAGACCAGCACCAGCCCCAGAACUGUGGAUCUGACUUGGAAGUUACCAGACCUCCGGCCAGCACCACUACCACUAACGGCUACGUGUCUCUAGAGGUUAGCCUGGCAGGGCUGCAAGGGGAGGUGGAGGCCCAAGGAGGGUGCUUUGAGGGCCUGGAGGCUCCGGACCUGCUGGCUGAUGAGCUGCUGCCUCAGCUGGAGGCUGCCCUCAGUCAGCACGACCACCACGACUCCAACUGUUCCUGGACCAAUGGUGGGGAUGCAGAGAGGAAUGGAAAGGGAGAGGAAGAAGAAGAGAUGAAGGAGGAAGACAGGAUCUCCAUAUCCAUGGACUACAAGAAACAGCCUCCCAAGAACAAGAAUGCUAAUGGUCCCAACAGCCACACAGCAGCGCGGGUCCUCAGCCCCCCGAUGAAGAGCAGCUCAUCCUCCUCGUCUUCGUCCUCCUACAGCUCGUCAUUGGAGAAGCGGGCCCAGCGGAGGCUGGUGAAGGAGCAGAGGGAGCAGCAGCAGCAGCAACUGAUGGAGGAGGCUGGGGAGGACAAGCAGCAGAAGGCUAACAGGAUCAUCCAUGAGGCCAUUGCUAAGGCCCGGGAGAGAGGAGAGAAGAACAUCCCCAGGGUUAUGAGUCCAGAGAGCUUCCCCUCUGGGAGCUCCUCGGCCCACAGGAGAGAGAGGGAGAGGGACAGAGACAGAGACAGGGAGAGGGACCGAGGCAACAAGACCAGGACCAAGGCCUCCAAGAAGGCCCGCAUUGUGCCCUCGUCCAAGCCCAAACAGAAAGCCAAGAUCGGGAAAAUCGUCAUUAAAUUUGGAGGGAUGAAGAAGAAGAGGGAGACAGAGUCUUCAGAGGAGGGGUCUGAUGAAGAGCGUCCGCCUCAAAGAUCCUUUAAAGACGAUGACUCGAUGCGUCGGUCGAACCGCCAGGUGAAGAGGAAGAAGUAUGCAGAGGAGGGAGAGGCCAGGGUGUCUGAUGAGGAGGUGAAGGUCGUGGUUAAAGCCAAGAGGACCAGCACUGCUGCAGCACGCAAAGAGCCAGCACAGCAGCUGUUUGUGGAAAACCCCAGUGAGGAGGAUGCUGCUGUUGUUGAUAAGAUCAUGUCAUCUCGAAUAGUCAAGAAUGAGGUCGCUCCUGGAGUUAUCGUAGAAGUGGAAGAGUUCUUUGUAAAAUACAAAAACUACUCCUACCUCCACUGUGAGUGGGCCGUAGAGCAGCAGCUGGAGAAAGACAAGAGGAUUCAGCAGAAGAUCAAACGUUUCAAGAUUAAACAGGCACAGAGAGCCCACUUCUUUGCAGAUAUGGAGGAGGAUCCCUUUAACCCUGACUAUGUGGAGGUAGACAGAGUACUGGAGGUGUCCUAUUGUGAAGACAAGGACACAGGAGAGCAGGUGGUGUACUACCUGGUGAAGUGGUGCUCUCUGCCCUAUGAAGACAGUACGUGGGAACUGAAGGGGGAUGUGGACCAGAGUAAAAUAGAGGAGUUUGAGCUGCUGCAGGCAGCAAGGCCAGACUCCCGCAGGACGGAGCGUCCCCCAGCCAGCCUGUGGAAGAAGAGGGAUCAGUCGAGGGAGUACAGUAACAGUAACGUCCUCAGGGACUACCAGCUGGAGGGAGUCAACUGGCUCCUCUUCAACUGGUACAACAGACGGAACUGUAUCCUGGCAGAUGAGAUGGGUCUGGGGAAGACCAUCCAGUCCAUCACGUUUCUGGAGGAGAUCUGGCGUGUGGGCAUCAGGGGCCCCUUCCUCAUCAUCGCCCCCCUCUCCACCAUCGCCAACUGGGAGAGGGAGUUCAGAACGUGGACCCACCUCAACGUCAUUGUCUACCACGGCUCCAUGGUCAGCAGGCAGAUGCUGCAGCAGUACGAGAUGUACUCCAGGGACACACAGGGUCGUGUGGUGCGGGGAGCCUACAAGUUCCACGCCCUCAUCACCACCUUUGAGAUGAUCCUGGGCGGCUGUCCAGAGCUCAACGCCAUCGAGUGGCGCUGCGUCAUCAUCGACGAGGCCCAUCGCCUCAAGAACAAGAACUGCAAGCUGCUAGAGGGCUUCAAGCUCAUGAAUCUGGAACACAAAGUUCUCCUGACAGGGACCCCCCUCCAGAACACGGUAGAGGAGCUGUUCAGUCUGCUGCACUUCCUGGAGCCUCAAAGCUUCCCCUCAGAGAACACCUUCAUGCUGGAGUUUGGAGACCUCAAGACUGAGGAGCAGGUCCAGAAGUUGCAGGCCAUCCUGAAGCCCAUGAUGCUGCGUCGUCUCAAGGAGGACGUGGAGAAGAACCUGGCUCCUAAGGAGGAAACCAUCAUUGAGGUGGAGCUGACCAACAUCCAGAAGAAGUACUACAGAGCCAUCCUGGAGAAGAACUUCUCCUUCCUGUCUAAAGGAGUCGGCCAGGCCAACGUCCCCAACCUGGUCAACACCAUGAUGGAGCUGAGGAAGUGUUGCAACCACCCCUACCUCAUCAAAGGUGCUGAGGAGAAGAUCUUGGAGGACUUCCGAGAGGUGUACAGCCCUGUUGCCUUUGAUUUCCACCUGCAGGCCAUGGUGCAGUCGGCUGGUAAACUGGUCCUCAUAGAUAAGCUGCUGCCCAAGAUGAAGGCCGGGGGACACAAGGUCCUUAUCUUCUCCCAGAUGGUCCGCUGUCUGGAUAUCCUGGAGGACUACCUCAUCCAGAGAAGGUACCUGUAUGAGCGUAUCGAUGGCAGAGUGAGAGGUAACCUGCGUCAGGCAGCUAUAGACCGUUUUAGCAAACCAGACUCGGACCGCUUUGUGUUCCUGCUGUGUACCCGGGCUGGAGGUCUGGGCAUCAACUUGACUGCUGCUGACACCUGUAUUAUCUUUGACUCAGACUGGAACCCACAGAACGACCUGCAGGCCCAGGCUCGCUGCCAUAGGAUUGGUCAGAACAAGGCGGUGAAGGUGUACCGUCUGAUCACCAGGAACUCUUACGAGCGGGAGAUGUUUGACCGGGCCAGCCUCAAACUGGGCCUGGACAAGGCUGUGCUGCAGAGCAUGAGUGGCAGGGAGAACAGCGUGCCGGGAGGAGGGCCGACCCAGCAGCAGCUGUCUAAGAAGGAGAUCGAGGACCUGCUGAGGAAAGGGGCGUAUGGAGCUCUGAUGGACGAUGAGGAUGAGGGGGCCAAGUUCUGUGAGGAGGACAUCGACCAGAUCCUUCAACGCAGGACCAAGACCAUCACCAUCGAGUCUGAGGGACGGGGAUCUACCUUUGCCAAGGCCAGUUUUGUGGCAUCCGGAAACCGCACAGACAUUUCUCUGGACGACCCCAACUUCUGGGACAAGUGGGCCAAGAAGGCUGAGAUUGACAUGGACUCUGCCAAUGACAGAAACAGCCUGGUAAUUGACACUCCGAGGGUGAGGAAGCAGACCCGACCCUUCAGUGCCACUAAGGACGAGCUGGCAGAGCUGUCAGAGGGGGAGAGUGACAACGAGGACAAGCCCAAGCUCCGCCGGCCCCACGACCGCCUCAACAGCUACGGCAGGACAGAGUGCUUCAGAGUGGAGAAGAACCUACUAGUAUACGGGUGGGGUCGUUGGAAGGACAUCCUGCUCCAUGGUCGAUUUAAGAAGCAGCUGACAGAGCGUGAUGUAGAGUCUAUCUGCAGAGCCCUUCUGGCCUACUGUCUGGUUCACUACCGCGGUGACGACAAGAUCAAGAGCUUCAUGUGGGACCUGAUCGCCCCCUCCGAGGACGGACAGACCAAGGAACUACAGAACCACCUGGGUCUGUCGACCCCGGUCCCCAGAGGCAGGAAGGGGAAGAAGAUGAAGACUCAGUCUAGCACGUUUGACAUCCAGAAGGCUGAGUGGAUCAGGAAGCACAACCCAGAACACAUGCUGCAGGACGAGGGAUACAAGAAGCACCUCAAACACCACUGCAACAAGGUGUUGCUGCGGGUUAGAAUGCUCUACUACCUGAAACAAGAGGUGAUGGGAAGCCAGUCACAGAAGAUACUAGACGGCGUGGACUCCAGUGAGAUCAAGAUCUGGGUUCCUGAGCCCGACAGCUCUGAGCUACCAGCCCUGUGGUGGGACAACAUCUCUGACAAGUGUCUGCUGUUGGGGGUCUACAAGCACGGUUAUGAGAAGUACAACACGGUGCGUGCAGACCCUGCCUUCUGCUUCCUAGAGCGAGUGGGCCGGCCAGACGAGAAGGCCAUCGCUGCUGAACAGAGAGCCAAUGACUUCAUGGAUGGGGACGUGGAUGACCCAGAAUACAAGCCUGCCCCAGCCUUGCUGAAGGACGAUAUGGAGGAUGACGCCUCCUCUCCUGGAGACCUGGUUGUCACAGACAACCCUGGAGAGGGUGCUCCAAUGAUGAUUGAGGAGUUAGGUGGUGGAGGUGGAGGAGGAGGAGAUGCAGCCUACUGGCCCUCCUCCUCAGUACUAACAGCCAGACUGAGACGUCUGAUCACAGCCUCUCAGCGCUACACCAAGUCCAGACAGAUCCUCCACAUCCACCAGACCCAGACACAGCACACCACCCAGGUCACGCCCUCACUGUGCCCCCUGCCACCCACCCUCAACGACACUAUCAACCCCAAGAUGGCCGCCAAGAUAGAACGCCAGCAGAGAUGGACGAGGCGAGAGGAAGCUGAUUUCUACCGUGUGGUGUCUACCUUUGGUGUGGUGUUUGACCCAGACCUGGGCUGUUUCGACUGGACCAAGUUCAGAGCCAUGGCUCGGCUGCACAAGAAGACAGAUGAGAGUCUGCAGAAGUACCUGUGGGCCUUCACUGCCAUGUGCAGGAGAGUGUGUCGCCUGCCACCCAGAGAAGGAGACACAGCGGUGGACCCCUCUCUGUCCAUUCAGCCCAUCACAGAGGAGCGUGCAUCUCGUACCCUCUACAGAGUAGAGCUGCUACGCCAGGUCAGGGAACAGGUCCUGCGCCACCCCUUGCUCUAUGAGCGCCUGCCCCUGUGCCAGCUGGGCUCGGACCUGCCCGUGUGGUGGGAGACCGGUACCCACGACCGAGAUCUCCUAAUCGGGGCCGCCAAGCACGGCGUCAGCCGCACAGACUACCACAUCCUCCGAGACCCAGAGCUCUGCUUCAUGGCUUCCCAGCGCAACUACAGCCAGAAUAAAGGAGUCCAACAGCCAUCUCAGACACCUACUCCUCUCCUGAACCCCCAGUACCAGGCUAGUAGAGACCCAGCCUUGGCAGAGUCCCCAGUGCCAACCCCAUUCCAGAUGGAGAGGGAGGACAUCCCGGGGGCAGUGCCCAAAGAAGAACCUCUCUCGGAGGGGGAGGAGCGCAUGGAGAGAGGGGGUCAGGUGGAGGGGGAGAGGUGGAGUCCCCAGCCUGCCCCUCUCACUCCUACAGGGAUAGAGGAGAAGCCUGACCUGGGGGUGGUGAAAGGAGAGAACGAGAGCCACAUGGUGGCGGCACGGACCAAGCCACUCACGCCCAACUCAGCCGCCAGGAAAGAGAAGAAAGCCAAUAAAAGAAGUCGAAGAGAGGCCAGACGAGCCGCCUCCGCAGCAUCAGACUCCGACUCGGACGGCUCCUCCUCCAGCUCUUCAUCACGAUCUUCUUCAUCAUCGUCGUCCUCUUCCUCCUCCCGCUCCGGAUCCAGCUCCUCUUCGUCUUCAUCCUGCUCAUCAGGCUCCUCAUCUUCCUCUUCCUCAUCUUCAUCUUCCUCUGUUGACAGUGAGAGUGAGGGAGAGGAAGGAAAGAUCAAGGUCCCGACAGUGGCCAUCGUGAAGGGAUUUGACGAAGACAGUGUGGCAUCUCUCAGCACCACUCAGGAUGAGAUGCAGGACAGUCACGUGACAGAGAACGGCAGCAACAACUCACACCACCACCCCUUCCAGGGAGGAUACAUGCUGGCUGCAUCCUACUGGCCCAAGGACCGUGUGAUGAUCAACCGUCUGGACAGUAUCUGCCAAGCAGUGCUGAAGGGGAAGUGGCCGGGGGCCCGGCGGUCGUACGAGGCAGGAGGGGCCGUAGCCUCCUUCUACACCACCAAGCUGCUGGACAAUGCAGCUGCGGCCAACAACAGCAGCAACCUCUGCUCAGCUUCCGCCUCGGCCUCAGAGGACCCCUCUGUCUCCCCUCAGGGUUCAAAGGUGAAGAAGCAUGUUGCAGGAGAAAAGGAGUUCUCAGUGAAAAUGAAUGAACAGGAGGGGGGUCUGAAGCUGACCUUCCAGAAGCAGGGGCCCGGCCAGCCCCUGAAGAGGCCCCUGGAGCCUGAGGAGGGGCCCAUGAGCCAGCAGCAGUACCUUACAAGGCUCCAUGAGCUCCAGAGUGCCUCAGACACCAGUCUGGCUGACUUCACCAAGCCCCAGGCUGCUAGCUUCCCACAGGCCUCUACAGGUCUGGCGGGUCAGAUGAAGCUGAACGGAGGUAUGGACGGCCAGCCGGUGGUGAAGAGGAGGAGAGGAAGGAGGAAGAAUGUGGAGGGGAUGGACCUGCUCUAUAUGAACAGGAACAGAGGACCAGCCGUGCCUGAAAGCGUGCCCCCGGCGUGGGGUGGUAUGGGUCAAGCUGGCACUGGGCUGUCUAUUGCCUCAGGGCAGGGUAACCCCCUAGGGGGUCAGGGCCCUAUGGACACAGAGAGCAGGGUCUCUGUCAUCAACCUGAAAGAUGGGACCCGUCUGGCUGGAGACGAUGCCCCCAGGAGGAGGGAGCUGGAGCUGUGGCUAAAAGAACACCCAGGCUUUGUGGCCGACACAGGGGCCUUCAUCCCUGGAGUGAAUAAGAGGCAGCUGGAGCAGUUCCAGCAGGAUGGUAGACCCAAGCAGAAGAGGCAUCGCUGCAGAAACCCCAACAAGAUCGAUGUCAACAGUCUGACGGGAGAGGAGAGGGUCCAGAUCAUCAACAGGAGAAAUGCACGCAAGGUUGGUGGGGCCUUCGCCCCCCCUCUAAAGGACCUGUGUGGGUUUCUUCAGGAGAACCCAGAGUACGGGGUUCCACCAGAGUGGGCCGACGUCGUCAAGCAGUCGGGCUACCUCCCAGAGAGCAUGUUUGACCGGAUCCUGACAGGACCCAUCGUACCAGAGGAGGUGAGUCGGCGUGGACGGAGGCCCAAGAGCGCCCUGGCCAAGGCUGCAGCUACAGCCAACCAGGGGGCCCCAUCCCUGGGCCUCAACCCCCUGCUGGCCAACGGCCUCCUCUCUGGCAUGGAUCUAUCUAGUCUACAGGCCUUCCAGCAGAACCUCCAAAGUCUCCAGUCACUGCAGCUCACUGCCGGCCUCAUGGGCCUGCCCACCGAUGCUAACAACCUGGCCGCCAUGUUUCCCAUGAUGCUCUCUGGUAUGGCUGGGCUUCCCAACCUCCUUAGCAUGGGGGGUCUGCUGGGAAAGCCCCCACAGGACACUACGGGGGGAGCUGAGCAGAGGAAGAGGAGGAAGGGAAGCAGAGAAGGAGGAAGAGGGGAGCCCUCGUCUGCCUCCUCCAAAGCCCCCUCCUCCUCCCACUCCCACGGCCUCUCCCACACCUCGGACACCAAAGGUGAAAGGACAGAAGGUCAAAGCAGGGACGGGGACGGCCACAUCCCCAGUGUCCAUUCCCCCUCCAGUUCCUCUGCCACCACCUCCACCACCACCCCACUAAGUGCUUCUGCUGCCCAGGCAGCCUCCAGUCACCCUCUGUCUCUUAACCCCUUGUUACUCUCCAGUAUGCUUUACCCAGGGAUGCUUCUCACUCCAGGCCUUAACCUUCCUGUGUCCACCACACAGCCACCACACAGUGACUCAAACAGUGACCACAAACCCCACAAGCCCACUAAGACCUCUAAGACCGACCCCUCAAAACCUCUGUCGCCAAGGAGAACACCAGAGUGUCAGGAAGAGGAGAGUCUUGGUGACAAGAGGGAGGAGUCAGGGGAACACAAGGAGGAGAACAGUGGUCCAGAAGGCUCGGGGAAGGCGGAGUCAUCUUCUUCAUCAGAGUCUGGGAGCUCUUCUUCAUCAUCUGAUGGGUCAUCAGACUCCAGCGAUGAAGACUGAGCGUAAUGAAAAUAUAAAUCUAUUUAUGGAUCUAUUAGAAAUGUACACACAUACAGUACCAGCCAAAAGUUUGGACACACCUACUCAUUCAAGGGUUUUUCUUUAUUUUGACUAUUUUCUGCAUUGUAGAAUAAUAGUGAAGACAUCAAAAUUAUGAAAUAACACAUAUGGAAUCAUGUCGUAACCAAACAAUUGUUCAACAUAUCAAAAUAUAUUUUAUAUUCUUCAAAGUAGCCACCCUUUGCCUUGAUGACAGCUUUGCACACUCUUGGCAUUCUCUCAACCAGCUUCUCCUGGAAUGCUUUUCCAAUAGUCUUGAAGGAGUUCCCACAUAUGCUGAGCACUUGUUGGCUGCUUUUCCUUCACUCUGUGGUCCAACUCAUCCCAAACCAUCUCAAUUGGGUUGAGGUCGGGUGAUUGUGGAGGCCAGGUCAUCGGCCAGGUCAUCUGAUGCAGCACUCCGUGACUCUCCUUGGUCAAAUAGCCCUUAUACAGCCAGGAGGUCUAUUUUGAGGUCAUGGUCCUAAUAGUUCUACCAAAUGCAAACCAGAUAGGAUGGCGUAUCGCUGCAGAAUGCUGUGGUAGCCAUGCUGGUUAAGUGUGCCUUGAAUUCUAAAUAAAUCACAGACAGUGUCACAUUCAAAACACCCCCAUACCAUCACACCUCCUCCUCCGUGCUUCACGGUGGGAACCACACAUGCAGAGAUCAUCCGUUCACCUACUCUGCGCCUCACAAAGACAUGGCGGUUAGAACCAAAAAUCUUACAUUUGGACUCAUCAGACCAAAGGACAGAUUUCCACCGGUCUAAUAUCCAUUGCCCAUGUUUCUUGGUCCAAGCAAAUCUCUUAUUAUUAUUGGUGUUCUUUAGUAGUGGUUUCUUUGCAGCAAUUCGACCAUGAAGGCCUGAUGCAGUCUCCUCUGAACAGUUGAUGUUGAGAUGUGUCCGAAUGAAGCAUUCAUUUGAGCUCUAGUCUGAGGUGCAGUUAACUGUAAUGGACGUAUCCUCUGCAGCAGAGGUAACUCUGUUUCUUCCUUUCCUGUGGUGGUCCUCAUGAGAGCCAGCUUCAUCAUAGCGCUUGAUUGUUGUAAAGAAACUUUCAAAGUUCUUGAAAAUUUCCGGAUUGACUGACCUUCAUAUAUUUUGAUUUGUUUAACAAUUUUUUGGUUACUACAUGAUUCCAUAUGUGUUAUUUCAUAGUUUUGAUGUCUUCACUAUUAUUCUAUAAUGUAGAAAAUAGUAUAAAUAAAGAAAAACCCUGGAAUGAGUAGGUGCGUCCAAACGUUUGACUAGUACUGUAUAUAUUACACAUAUAUAUGGAUUUCCCUGCACUUACAUUGUGAUUUCUUUUCAUGUAAAUAUAGAAAACGAACUAAAAUGUUGUGUAAUAAAGACUACAAAAGUGAAAAAAGAAGAACCAUGACCUCGGAUAAACUGAAAUGAACUUUCAGUGUUUGUUCAAAAAGGUACAAUCUUGUUUUGAGAGACAUUUUGCAUGUCAAACUUUAGUAGAUUUCUGAACUUUGUGAACUUGUAUUAGGCCUACACACAUUGAUGUACAAUUGCAACAGACUGAGAAAAAGAAAUCAAAAUGGCAUUAUUGUAAUUAUCAUGUUGGGAUUUAAUUUGAUUAAAAAAGAGGAAAUAAAUAUAGGCUCUCUGCUGAGCUGUACUCUUAAUAUAUUUUGUAGUGUGAGUAAAAGACCCUGAAUAUUUAGCUUUCCUUUGUAAGUACUGUUACAGGUUUUCUUCUUGACACUUACAGUAUACUUUGCGGAUCAUACGUUUGGAAAAGUCAGCAAUAACUCGGGCAGCUAAUGAAUGUGACUGAAGCUGUAGAUCCCUCAUCAGCCAUGUUUCUCACACAAGGGAGAGGUGUUCAGUCUCUGUUCCAAUGUCCACACUAUAACACAGUUAUUCCAAUGAAGAAAUGUAUUGGACAUUCAUUCUAAGUAAUAUGCUAGUGUGCAUUUUGGAAUGUAGUCUCCCCUGCUUGUCUCGCACAACCAACACACAUGGUUCUUUUGACACUGAGGUGCACUUUAGUUUCCCAUAUUACACUCGCUAGCACAUAACCAGUUGGGUCUUCUCCCCUGAGGACUGAAAGGACAGCAAACUGACAGGCUGCGCCAAAUGCUGCUCUCGCUGGGACAGAAAAGACACAAUUCCACCCCGGUGUUUUUGACUGCAUCGUUACCUCAGCGGAGUAUAGAAGGGAUUGAGUUCACUGCAAAUACAUCCUGUUGUGUGUGUAUUGGCAAAGGUUGGCUCACUCGUCCCCGCUGGAAUGUGUGUUCUUCAUGGCAUACUCUUGAGAGCUUCCACUCGCUUAGUCUCUUCCAACGCCUUGAGUCUGCGAGAGAGACUACCACUCACUGUUCUGGCUGUGUGUGUUUGUUUGCGUGGGCGUUUCUUUACAUUUUGGCUGAGUCAGUGUGUUCUUCAGGCCCUGUACUGAUUGUGUCCCAUGCGGUGCAGCAUCAAUCGGGCCAUUGUGUAUGGUGGUGUGUAUUGGGGAGGCUAGAGCAUUGGGUUCUACAACCAAAAGUGAAGUCACAUAAACAGUGACUGCUGGUAUAGUCGACAUCGUAUAAUCAACACCCCCUGAGUCAUCUUUAAUACUUUAAAAGCCCAUCAGUAUCUGUGUUCUAUUCGUAGUGCCGCCUUCUGCUAUCGAGUGAGCUGAAGAAUCUCCAAUGAGCUCUGACUGUGGGUGAUGUCUGUAGUCUUCCAUUCUGAACACAGUGUGUCCCUGUUGUGUUGAAUUACCUUGCUAUCAUAAACUAGUAAUGAAGUAGCUACACCGUAUGUGUAUUGAGGGACCACAGGGGUUUGUAUUGUCUCUGAUACAAUUGUAGAUUACUGAGUCAUCAAAAUUAUUUUCUUAAUUGACUGUAGAAAAGCAUAGUUUAUACAUCGAUUGCAGUGAUUCUGAAUAGUAUUGGGUUGGCUAUGGUAGGUUAAGUUUAGGCUUGAGUAAGACUGAAUAUCCAGACCUUCCUUUAGAACUGAGCUGCUUUGCUGACUAUGAUCUCUCUGUUUCAUGGGAAUUGGAGGCUUUUAAGUGUUAAUUUCUAGCCUGGAAUUCAAACUGAUAUGCUGUUUCAUCACUAAACACAUUGUUCAGUCUGGUUUCACCAGGCUAGUUAAUUUCUCCAUAUGACUUACUGAUCAAUCCACUGAUGACUUGAUCUGCAGACAGACUGAUAGAUGUAGAAGUGUCCUUACGCUCGCUGUACCUCUGUGUAUUUCACACUCUCACUUUCUCACUCAACUUCCAGUCAGUAUCUGAUGUGAUUUAAUAGAUAGAUGUUUUAUUUUCCUUAUUUUCUAUGGCUCAAUGGUGGUGUAUUUAUUCAUUACCAUAUGACAUGGCUCAUCUGUGCUCAUCCUCGUGGUAACCAAGGGAGACAGUGAGACUGGAAUUCAGUAUACCCUAAGUACCUGUUGUAAUUAUGUUUAGUGGAACAGUGCUUUCCGGAUUGAUACAGCACCGUGUAGGUGAACUGUCGGUACACAUUGGACUGCUAGGCAGGCACACAUUUGGAAAUGAUCUUGAAGAGGAAUGGGACGUUUUAUUUUACAUGGUGACAAUGAAACGUCACAACAGGUUACAUCUGUGGUAGAGACAUUCAUGUAGUCUCUUUCAGCCUGCAUGUAGCUGUUCACUGAGCCUAUAUUGAACCCAUUCAUCAACGUAUACAAGCCCACCACACAGACAGCCCUGCCCUGUUGUCUAAACCAAGACUGAUGAAGACACUCCACUCACUGAAAUAACAUUAACUUUAAAGGUGUUUGGUUUUCCCCAUUCACCUGUGAUGUCCUUUACCAUGGUUUCUGUGUGUAAACUCAGAGACAGCCAGGUUGUUUCUCUUCCUGAAAGUCAACCUAAAUAGAUUUAACAUUGUCAGUUUGCCACUUUAGUUUGGGCUGAUUCCGACCACUAGGUCUCACAAGCCUAGUGAUUUCAAUAGAACAAUCUUCAACUGUCAUUCUGUUCCACUUCAUACCUAGUCGAUCCCUAGAACGACCAGUGCCCUUAGGCAGAAGCCCAGCCUUUGCUGCUUCCAGGUUACAAUAUUGACCCAAAUAUGAUUGUUUUAGCAGGCUUUAUUUUCAGACCCAACAGGCAGACAAGGAUUCAUUCCUGCUAGUGUGACAAGAAGCCUGCUGAAUUUGCUAUAGCAGACCGAUAGCUCUGUUUAAGUUGAAAUGUUAGUACUGAGGGGAGAGCUGUAUUUGACUAAAGAUGGAACAAUAUAUUUGUUUUUAUUAUGUAUUAUGAUUAGAUAUUUCUGGUAGUUUGUUAUAGGUCUCACUAUGUCACAUACAUCUACAGUGCUGAACUGACUGAUUAGAAGCAGUCAUAGACUCGCCUCACUGGCACAAUGAAAUGACCAAUAUGCAACAGACAGAGACUAAUAAAGCACACACUACUACACGUUAAUUAGAAUUUUCAUUUUGGGUAAAGUAGUUGCUGAAAUGACGAAAAUAGAUUAUUGGCAUUGUAUUUUUUGUUUCAAGCUUGAUAAUAUCCUAAAGUCAUCAAGUCUGUUCUGGUUUUUGUUUGGUUGUUUUUUGGACAGUUGCAAUAUUUGCAAGUUGUGGUCUGUGUAGUCAAAUAAUAUGUUAUGUAGUGGGGAGGACAAGCGUCUUAAAAAGUCAUUUGUAAUUUAUUGGAUUACUUUCUAUGAAGUUCUAUAGAGGAAAUUGAAGUUUAAUUAUUUUUAUUAAACAUAUUCUGACUAUCCAUGAA